AGCAGAAUGCCAACCAUCAUGGUAUCUUUGUGCCACGGCUGCUUCCAGCUGACACUCAGUAUCUCUGUGGGGAAGUCAACAGCCCACAAUGUGACCAGUUCCUGUGCUUUUCUGUUCUGUGACAUGCAUAGAUACAAAAGGCAUGUUUAUCUUCCAGAUACAUUAAGCAACUGCAGAAUUGAAUUGGCAAAAGCUUGGUUUUGGACUGGCCAAAUGUUGUGCUCAUACGUGUUCAGGAGUGUUUCGUGACACAGCAGCUGUGUGGAUAUCUGAAUUGCAAACAGGACAGAAGAACUGUAGCUCUUUGCAGAUGUCAGAGGAGAAAUGAGGAUGGUCCUUUUGAGGCCAAAGCUUGCUUUGAAUGAGCCACUGCUGUCAGUGAAGCUGAGAGCUCUGAUAUAACCCGAAAGUCUAAGAAGGGAUCAUGGACCAACCCAGUGGAAGGAGUUUCAUGCAAGUUCUUUGUGAGAAAUACAGCCCUGAGAACUUCCCAUAUCGCCGUGGACCUGGCAUGGGAGUGCAUGUCCCAGCAACUCCACAGGGCUCACCUAUGAAAGAUCGUCUCAACCUUCCGAGCGUUCUGGUACUGAACAGCUGUGGCAUAACCUGUGCAGGGGAUGAGAAUGAAAUUGCUGCCUUCUGUGCUCAUGUGUCUGAGCUAGAUCUUUCUGACAAUAAACUGGAAGACUGGCAUGAGGUCAGUAAAAUUGUGUCCAACGUUCCCCACUUGGAGUUUCUAAACUUGAGUUCCAACCCUCUCAGUCUGUCCGUUUUAGAGAGAAGGUGUGCUGGCUCUUUCGCUGGUGUUCGCAAACUUGUGCUCAACAACAGCAAAGCUUCCUGGGAAACAGUCCACACAAUCCUGCAGGAGUUACCAGACUUGGAGGAGCUCUUCCUGUGCCUUAAUGACUAUGAAACAGUGUCUUGUUCUCCAGUUUGCUGUCAGUCUCUCAAAUUACUUCACAUAACUGACAAUAAUCUUCAAGACUGGACUGAAAUUCGAAAGUUGGGGAUUAUGUUUCCAUCACUGGACACACUUAUUCUGGCUAACAACAACCUCACGACCAUUGAAGAGUCGGAAGAUUCCCUCGCGAGGCUCUUCCCCAACCUGCGGUCCAUCAAUUUGCACAAGUCAGGUCUGCAUUGCUGGGAAGACAUCGACAAGUUGAAUUCUUUUCCCAAGCUUGAGGAAGUGAAAUUGCUUGGAAUCCCUUUGCUGCAGUCCUACACCACUGAGGAACGCAGGAAGCUGCUAAUAGCCAGGUUGCCAUCCAUCAUCAAGCUCAACGGAAGCAUCGUGGCCGAUGGAGAGCGAGAGGACUCGGAGCGGUUCUUCAUCCGAUAUUACAUGGAGUUCCCGGAGGAGGAAGUUCCCUUCAGGUAUCACGAGCUGGUCACAAAGUACGGGAAGCUGGAGCCCUUGGCAGUCGUGGAUCUGCGGCCACAGAGCAGCGCCAAGGUGGAGGUUCACUUCCAGGAUAAGGUGGAAGAGAUGUCCAUCCGCCUCGAUCAGACUGUGGCAGAGUUGAAGAAACACUUGAAAACUGUCGUGCAGUUGUCAACAAGCAACAUGCUGCUCUUCUACUUGGACCAGGAAGCUCCUUUUGGUCCUGAGGAGAUGAAAUACAGCUCACGGGCGCUGCAUUCCUACGGCAUUCGGGAUGGAGAUAAAAUUUACGUGGAGCCCCGAAUGAAAUAGCCUCU